GCCUGUUCUCGGAUUGUUCAGCAGCUCUGUGCUUCUUUCUGCACUGGCCUUCUCUUCUAUUCGUCUUGCCUAUAUCCUCCAGCCGCCGACGUCAGUGGAACGUUUCAAUCCCGUCUGAUAUUUAAGUUAAUCUGAUUAUGAAAAUUUCCUUUGAGACUCUUCUUCAUCAAUGACGGCCAAGAUGGAGACUCCUUUCUACCACGACGACUCCCCAACCGUCCCUGGCUUCAGCCAGACCACAGAAUAUGACCGUUACCCCGGAAACAAGAUACUGAUGAGUAAGAAGGCCAUGUCAAUGGUGGGCAGUCAUCCCUUCCCCAGCGGUGGAGCAGCAGGAGGGAGAGUUGGGAACCACCACAAUGUGGGGCUCACCGGCAAUAUCUCUUUAAUGACAUCAGUGGUGCCCUCAGCGGACAUGAACUUGUUAAAGCUGGCGUCCCCCGACCUGGAGCACCUAAUCAUCCAGUCCAAUCAGGGAUUGGUCACCACCAGCCCUGUGUCAAACUGUAGCAAUCCCUUCAUCUACCGCAACCAGGCCACCAACGAGCAAGAAGGAUUUGCUGAUGGCUUUGUCAAAGCACUCGCCGACCUUCACAAGCAGAACCAGCUUGUGGGAGGCGGCCACAUGUCACCAUCCUCGCCCUCCACCGUGUCCCUGCAGGCAUCCUACCAGAGGAACCUGAUGUCCGGAGGAGACAUGCCCAUCUACACCAAUCUUAGCAGCUACAAUCCGGGCCAUAUGCCGUACCCUGGAGGGCAGAUGGCAUACGGUAGUGGCUCAGGCCAAGGCGGCGGUGGAGCCCCUCAACCCCACACCCGAGGCCUUGACGCCCCUCAGACCGUCCCUGAGGCGCCUCACCUGCCGGUCGACCCCAUGUCCCCACCCUCCCUCUCCCUGAUUGACCUGGAGACACAGGAGCGAAUCAAAGCAGAACGCAAGAAGCUCCGCAACCGUAUCGCCGCAUCCAAGUGCCGUAAACGAAAGCUGGAGCGUAUCUCGCGGCUGGAGGAGAAGGUGAAGGUUCUGAAGAACCAGAACUUGGACUUGUCCUCUACCGCCAUCAUGCUACGGGAGCAGGUCACGCAGCUCAAACAGAAGGUCAGGAGUCACAUCAUCAAUGGCUGCCAGAUAGCUGUUGCCACAGCCACUGCCAAGUCCGGAGAACGAGGCACCGGCAGUGAGGACUCAGGCUGCUGAGGAGGCGGGACACCAGUAGAACAUGUAAAAAAUACGUGGAGAGGCUGAGGGUUUACUUGGACCAUUUUGCCAUAUUGCUCGCACUCUCAGUCAGAGUGAGCAGAGAGCAGGUCAGGACAGAUGGAUAUUUAACAGGAUUUAUGUUGCCCCGUAAACCACAGUCAAUCAUCCAGCCGGAGGGGGUGGAGCUUAGAAUAGAGAGAGGAGAAUGGAGGAGGGACAAAUCCCUGAGAUGGGCAAUGUUAAAAUUUGGACAAUUUGAAUUUUGACAUUGAUUUUUUUAAGAAGAGAUUGUGACAAAAUGAUCUUGAAGAAGUUGUUAAAAGAUACAACACAUUUUCUUUGACAGGUGAAUUGA